UAUGCCCACACUCUCGCGCAGUCGCACCCACAGUUUUCUCCCACAGAUUUGAUCUGUAAGUUUCCAAUUUUACUCGGCGCUCCUCCGGUUGGAUGGUGCAAUGUUCUUCACUGGGCCAGGAGAGCUCCUAGGAUGUCUCGCCCGAUGUCUCGAUUCCCUUCCUAGUUUUUUUUUCUCCCGGAUUAGAUCUUUUCAUUUUGUUCUCCCGCUGAUUUCUGCAUGAAAGCUGGGAUCUUUCUGCAGCCUUUGACUUCGGCUAGUGUCUUCAUCGAAUGGAGGAGAUCUUUGUUGUCCUGGUGUGGAUCCGAGUGAUUUCAUGCUUAUGAGAUGGUAAUUAUUAAUCUAUUCUGUAAGUUGUUGCAUUCGGGAAUUUCCAUUUAAAUCAGAUGGUGUCUAUAAAUGUGGGGGUUCUCCAUUAUGUGUUGGAUCACAUUUAUGGGGCGUGCAUGCAUCGUACCAAAUUAAGCACUCCUUUUUUCUCGAGGGGAUGGGGAGGAACCAAACUUGAGCUUUUUGAGAGCAUGUUGAAGCAGCUCUUUCCAGGGUCUGUCAGCCAAAAUUGGCCACCUAACAUGGUUCAGCCAAUUUGGAAACAAUUAUGGGAGUCAAAAAAUGCUUGUCUUAAAGAGGGAAUUUUCCGGACUCCGUGUGAUGAGCAACUUAUAAAUGCUUUGCCCCCAGAAAGCCAUAUAGCUCGGAUUGCUCUCCUAACACCGAAGUCCGUACCACCACAUAAAAUGGCCUGCGUAGUUCACUUAGCAGGCACAGGGGAUCAUACUUACGAGCGAAGAUUGCGUCUUGGAGGUCCUUUACUUAAGGAAAAUAUAGCAACAAUGGUGCUUGAGAGCCCUUUUUAUGGAAAUCGGCGACCAAAACUGCAGCGGGGAGCAAAACUUCUUUGUGUCAGUGAUUUGUUAUUGCUGGGAAGAGCCACUAUUGAGGAAGCUAGGAGUCUUUUACACUGGUUAGAUGUGGAGGGAGGUUUUGGCAAAAUGGGAAUAUGUGGACUUAGCAUGGGGGGUGUACAUGCUGCGAUGGUUGGAUCUCUCCAUCCAACUCCGAUAGCUACAUUGCCAUUUCUCGCCCCACAUUCUGCUGUGGUGGCUUUCUGUGAAGGAGUUUUGAAGCACGCAACUGCUUGGGAUGCAUUGAGAGAAGAUGCAGAGAAGGCAGGAAUGACUCUCGAAGAAGUUCGAGAACGGCUCCGAAUGGUAUUGUCAUUGACGGAUGUUACACGUUUCCCAAUUCCCAAGAGCCCUGAGUCUGUCAUACUUGUUGCUGCCACUAAUGAUGGAUAUAUUCCCAAGGACUCGGUUCUGGAGCUUCAGAAGGCAUGGCCGGGCUCAGAAGUUAGGUGGGUAACUGGUGGCCAUGUCUCCUCUUUCAUCAUCCAUUUUGAUUCGUUUCGCAGAGCCAUUGUUGAUGCUCUCAACAGAUUACCCUGGAGAGAGCCACAUAUAUUAUAAAUAAUUUGUUUUGAACUAUAUAAACUUGAUAUUUUUUUCCUAUUACGACCAUUUAAUCUCAAACCGGGCUACCAUUUGUUCUCAAUUGCUGUUUUCUUAUUUAUGAGAAACUUCUCCUGA